AUGGUUCGAGAAUCUGCAGUGUUUAGACAUGCUCCAUUUAUGCUGAAUUUGGAUUGUGAUGCAUUAGAGAAUCAAUGUGCUUUCUGGUGGAUCCAUCCACAGCUUGGGAAAAAGCUUUGUUAUGUUCAAUUUCCUCAGAAUUUCGGUGGAAUUGAUCAAUACGCCAACGGAAACAACAUCUUCCUCAAUAUAUAUAUAUAUAUAUAUACAACGAACCUCAUUAGAGACUUAUCAGAGAAACGCAAGAAGAUGACGUGCGAUUGCUGGCUGUUGUCGCUUUCCUGCUGCUGUGACAAAUCUUUUAGGAUAAAUUUAAGUGAUUAG